AAGCUGUCCUCUCUCCUCAGAGUGCUCCCUGCCCAACCCCUCCAUCAGAGCCUCCCUGACAGCUUCUGGGAGCAGAGAACCAAGAGUCUGGGACCAGUUGGAUCUCCGUUGCCACCAGCAAUAGCAUGGGUCUGGAGGGCUCUGCUUCCCGGGAAUCCCCUGAGGAGUCGGGCCAGGCCCUGAGGCUUCUAGGCCCUUUAGCAGAAAUGAGACAGGAGACCCAGGCCUAGGUUGGCCAGGAGAACGUGUCAGCUGGGCUUCUCUGUCCUUAGGUGGAGGCCAGGCACUGGGCCCUAGACUCCAACCAGACUAAGGCUUGCCUUCCUCGACGCUGGCUGCCACUGGGAACGCCAUGAGCCAGUCGGGGUCCAUGAGCUGCUGCCCAGGAGCUGCCAACGGCAGUCUGGGCCGGUCUUAUGGUAUGCCCAAGAUGAGCGCAAAGGACCUGUUUGAGCAGAGGAAGAAAUACUCCAACUCCAACGUCAUCAUGCAUGAGACUUCACAGUACCACGUCCAGCACCUGGCCACAUUCAUCAUGGACAAGAGUGAGGCUAUUGCCUCAGUGGAUGAUGCCAUCCGGAAGCUGGUACAGCUGAGCUCCAAAGAGAAGGUCUGGGCCCAGGAAGUGCUGCUGCAGGUGAAUGACAAGUCACUGCGACUGCUGGACGUUGAGACUCAGGAAGAACUGGAGAACUUCCCCCUGCCCACUGUGCAGCACAGCCAGACAGUGCUAAACCAGUUGCGCUACCCCUCCGUGCUGCUGCUGGUGUGCCAGGACUCCGACCAGAGCAAGCCCGACAUCCACUUCUUUCACUGUGAUGAGGUGGAGGCGGAACUGGUACAGGAAGACAUUGAGAGCGCCCUGGCUGACCACCGGCUGGGAAAGAAGAUGCGGCCACAGACCCUAAAGGGACACCAGGAAAAGAUCCGUCAGAGGCAGUCUAUCUUGCCCCCUCCACAAAGCCCAGCCCACAUCCCCUUCCAACGACAGGCCGGAGAUUCCCCUCAGGCCAAGAACCGUGUGGGCCUGCCAUUGCCAGUGCCAUUCAGUGAGCCAGGUUAUCGCCGCAGGGAAUCCCAGGAUGAGGAGCCACGGGCUGUGCUAGCUCAGAGAAUAGAAAAGGAAACGCAAAUCCUCAACUCCGCCCUGGAUGACAUUGAGUGGUUCGUGGCUCGGCUGCAGAAGGCAGCUGAGGCGUUCAAGCAGUUGAAUCAGCGGAAAAGGGGGAAGAAGAAGAACAAGAAGGGGCCAGCAGAGGGUGUCCUCACACUUCGAGCACGACCCCCCUCAGAAGGCGAGUUCGUGGACUGUUUCCAGAAAACCAAGCUAGCCAUCAACCUCCUGGCAAAGCUACAGAAACACAUCCAAAACCCUAGUGCAGCCGAGCUGGUGCACUUCCUCUUCGGGCCUCUGGAUCUGAUCAUCAACACCUGUGGUGGCCCAGACAUUGCACGCUCUGUCUCCAGCCCUUUGCUGUCCACUGAUGCUGUGAGCUUUCUGCGUGGUCACCUGGUGCCCAAAGAGAUGACACUGUGGGAAUCACUGGGGGAGACCUGGAUGAGGCCUCGGUAUGGAGAAGGGGAAAGAUCUGAACUAAGAUGGAGGUCCCUGGUGGGUUGGUCCCUGCAGGGCAUGUUACUGACCUUUUGGACUGCCAACCACAGCUCUGAGUGGCCCCGGGAGCCACAGGUGCCACUCUAUGUGCCCAAGUUCCAGAGCGGCUGGGAACCACCCCUGGAUGUCCUACAGGAGGCUCCCUGGGAAGUAGAGGGCCUGGCAUCUGUGCCCAGUGACCAGUUGACCCCCAUGAGCCGACUGUCCAUCCGAAACUCUCUGAAGCACAACCUCUCUUCUGAGUCCCCAGCCCCAGAGGACAUUGCACCACCAGGCAGCUCCCCACAUAGUAACAGGGGCUACCAGCCAACACCAGCCAUGACAAAGUAUGUGAAGAUCCUCUACGACUUCACAGCACGCAACGCCAACGAGCUGUCCGUGCUCAAGGAUGAGGUCCUAGAGGUGCUGGAGGAUGGCCGGCAGUGGUGGAAGCUGCGAAAUCGCAGUGGCCAGGCAGGCUACGUGCCCUGUAACAUCCUGGCUGAGGCUCGGCAGGAAGACGUUGGUGCCCCCUUGGAACAGUCUGGCCAGAAAUACUGGGGUCCUGCUAGCCCCACCCACAAAGUGCCCCCAAUUUUCGCAGGGAACAAAGAAGAGCUAAUUCACCAUAUGGACGAGGUCAACGAUGAGCUCAUGAAAAAGAUCAGCCACAUCAAGGCACAGCCGCAGCGCAACUUCCGCGUGGAGCGCAGCCAGCCAGUGCACCUGCCACUUACCUUCGAGUCAGGUCCCAAAGAGGUCCGAGCCUGGCUGGAAGCCAAGGCCUUCAGUGGCUGGAUCGUGGAGAACCUGGGCAUCUUGACUGGGCCCCAGCUCUUCUCCCUCAACAAAGAGGAAUUGAAGAAAGUAUGUGGGGAAGAGGGCAGCCGCGUGUACAGCCAGCUUACAGUUCAGAAGGCCUUCCUGGAGAAAAAGCAAAGUGGAUCGGAGCUGGAGGAGCUUAUGAACAGGUUCAGGAAGUCAGAGGAAAGCUAAACCGACAUUCGAACUUCACCAGAGACAGAGGGGAGGCUGCACCUGUGUCACCUGCCCCUGUGUCCGCUGGGCCCUAACUGCGGCGUGGGCCUGAGCUCCCAGCUGACCAGCCUGAUGACCUUGCCUUCAGAUUUGUCCACUCCCUUCAUGCCGUUAGCGCCCCAAGAACAACCUGGUCAUGGGGCUCCAGGACAGGAGGCUGUGGGCGCCCUGCUGGGAUGGAAUGUGCUGUAUUCUUUCUUCUUUCAAGAUCUAAGAAUAGACCAGACAGAGGUUCUGUCUUCAGAUGUCCCGUUGCACCUGAAGAGCCUGGGGACAGCAGCCGCCUGUGGCUGGGUCCACCAGCCUUUGUGA